AUGGGCUAGAUGUCUGUGCUCAGCUUUGGUGUAUGUGGUGACGACUCAUUUCAACAGUGAGGUGGUGGCGGCUGGGCAUGUCUCUCUAUCCCUCUCCAGUCUCUGGCCAGAGCACAUUGCGGGGAGCUGUUUCACACAGCCCCUCAAGUGCCCACGCUGAAAGCCUUGGUUUCCUUACUUAGUGUGAUGUUCUGCAGAAAGAAGUCAGCAAGGCUGUCACUGCACGUGGACUAUGAAGAUCCCAUCAAGUUGCCAUCACCUCCUUCCUCAUGGUGAAGAGUACUGGGAUUCUUGCUGUUGCAUGUGGGAAUGCCGCAUCUACAGCUGGAACCAGCCAGACUGAUGAGCUCCUUCUGUGCUGUGGAGAAGACAUUGCAGUGCAGUUGUUCCUUUCAUGGGGUCCCCACACCCUCUGUGCAGUGGUGGAUGGACGGUGCUCCUGUGGACGUGAACAGUGGGCAUGGCCAGCUCCAGGUGACUUCUACCACACUUGGUUCCUGGGACAACAGCACCCUCAGCCUACUCAAGGACCCAGAAAUGGGCACAGUCCUUCUUUGUGAGGGAAAGAACCAACACGGAACUCACGGCUUGAGCAUCCUGCUGAUGUCAAGAAGGGGCCCUUUGGCUCCCCAGAUCUUCCUGAAAGCGCUGCUCCAGGGUGUUGUCUACGCAGCCACGACAAUCACACUACUUUUCCUCUGCCUCCUCCCCUUCAUAGUGAAACUUCUCAGGACCAAGCAGGCAGAGAAGUGUGCACAGAUGAGAGCCCAUCAGGGCUCUGAGGCUGGAAUAGACCAAGAAUCCAGCAUGAAGCCCAUGGAGCCCAGGGAAUUCAGAACUGAGUCACCUUCUGGGACACAGCUCUCAGAAAAGGAAGACAGAGCCUGAAGCCAACGAAGGCUAUGGAGACAGCAUCCCAUCCAAAGUUCCCACUGUGCCCAGAAUUACAAAAACCCGUGGAGACUCCACAAGCCCCAACUCCAUAAUAAACUUGAGGUCCUGAGAAUCUGUGUUCACAACGCCCUCUCAGCCUCUACACAUCCCACAUACUCCAAGGUGUGGGGACUACUACUGGGCCUGGUCUCAGGACUUUUAAAGGUCACCUGUGUGAUUAACAAAUCAUAUAGGUUUGGGUGAGCCAAAAGGUACAUAUUUGAGACAGUCACAGGAGAGAAAAAUGAAUGCACAUGGCACUGUGAAACAGGAAUUUUGAUCCCUUUCUUCAUGACCAGUUCCAUAGACAAACAGACACACACACACACACACACACACACACACACACACACACACACACACACACCAUUAUAUUUUAAUCUAAUCCCAACGUAAGUGCUUAGUUAGUAGAUGAAACCUUUGGACAAGAUCUCCCAUUCUUAUCUCUCUGCCUCAAACUUCAGUAGACUCAUACAAUGUGUACUUGAAUGGAGCCUGGGUUGUGAAAAGUGGUACCCAGAGCGGGCAGUGGUGGCUCACGCCUUUAAUCCCAGCAUUUGGGAGGCAGAGGCAGGUGGAUCUCUGUGAGUUCAAGGCCAGCUUGGUCUACAAAGCUAGUUCCAGGACAGCCAAGGCUACACAGAGGAACUCUGUCUAAAACAAAAAACAAACAAACAAACAAAAAAACACCAACCCCCCAAAACAAAACAACAAAAACAAAAACAAAAUAAAAUAACAAACCCAAAAAACAAAAACAAAAACAAAAAAAGGAAAGAAAAAAAGUAGUACCCAGAGACACAGGUGGAGAAAAUAUGCCGUGAUGAAUUUGAAUUCGAAGAUAAAACGUUGGAAGGUUAUGUAUGUCAUAGGGUCACAUCCUGACCCUCAGAAUGUCCAUCCCCCUGGGAUAGGAGCUUGCCUGUCUUCUCCCUGUGUCACCAGUACCAGGGACGGUGCCUAAGGUCUAAGAUGCAUGCAGAACUCUUUGUGAGAAAGUGAACAAAUGAGUGAAUGAAUCAUGAGCCAGUACGAGGUUUGAGGCCAAGGAGCGGAGUGAACAGGCCUAUAGAGGAAGGUUGUUCUCUGAGUGAGAGAAAGGGUGUGUGUGGUGUCUUUGGAGGGGGCAGAGGUGAGGCAGAGGCAGCGAGCCUGCUUAGGUGAAUACUGCAGGGUCUCCUGGUAUUUCAUGACGUUGUUAGGAGGUAAAAGAAAUGUGUGUUCAUUCCCAAAGAAGACCAAAGAAAAGAUUCCGAUAUGUCCAACCCGGCCAAAUCAAUGAAUUGUUAGAGGUGCUGACAGGAACACGGAUGACUCGUGUGCAGUGGUAUUAUGGAGAGUUGAGUUGUUUCCUCCUGUUGCCGGGACAAAACACUCUAAGAGGAACCUAGAGAGGGAAGGAUUUAUUAGGCUGACACUUCCAAGUGACAGUCCAUCACUGAGUCAAGGCAGGAACCUAAAGUAGAAACUGUGGAGGAUGCUGCUUGCUGGCUCCCUCACGGCCUAAUGCUGAGCUAGCUUUCUUAUACAUCCCAGGAUCUCCUGCCUAGGCAUAGUGCCACCCACAGUUGGCUGGUCCCUUCUGUAUCAACAAGACAUGCUCCCAUGAUAUGCACCAACCAGUGUAUAUAUACAAUACACUCAUACAAUGGACACACAAACUGAUUUGUAAAAUGUGGGUAAGUGGUAAGAAAAAAGUGGACAGAAUACUAUACACAAGCACAAGAGGGAGUUGAGCUGAGUCAGAGUCAGGGAAGGCACUUCAAGAGAAAGAGCAGUGGUGUCUGAAGGGACUCCAGCCACUCUGAGAACGGCAAACAUGGCUCUGGUAGCUUUUGCCCUUUUCCCUAUUCCCUCUGCCUUGCCAAAACCCAUUAGAUUGCUUUCCUAAGCUGACCACCAAGGACUAUUCUCUAGCUUGACCACUUUCUCCUCCUGACUACCAAGGUAUUGAAGUGCACCAAUCAAAAGCCUCCUUUGGUUCAUCUAAUUAACAUUAAACACUUCAUCCUAACACACGGGUUCCCCUUUUACCUUUAUAAACUGCCAUUUGUCUCCUCUCUAUCCAGAGGCAGUCCUUGGUCCCUCAGGACUAAUACCCUCCCCUCUCGCCCUUGUUCCCUCCCUUCUCCCUCAUCCUCAAUCUCCCGUCUUUGUCUCUCAUUCCCUGCCUCUUGUCUCUCUUGGGCAAAUAAAUCUCCUUUGUGCUGAGAA